CCGCUCUCCUUCCUCUCAUCUGUGCACUACACUCCCCCCUGCCCCUCCCCUCCACUCCCUUCUCACCUCCCCCCUUCCUCUCACAUCCGCAGCAGUGACUGGCCAAUAAAAGGCAGAAAAUACGUAAGCAUCGACGAGGGCUCGGCGCAGGCGGAGAAAGCUCAGUGUGAAGCAGACUAAACCUCCUCCAGCACCACUCGUACUGCUGACAUCUCUCAGCGAGCAAGUAUACAAUCAGGGCCUAUCCCUGUCCUGACUUCGGGCAUAUUCCACAUUUAUAUCUAGGGCACGGAUAAGACAACGGCGCAGCCAUCACCAAGAAGGGGACGUCAAAAAAAGAGAGAGCCUCGUUUAGUAGGGUUAGGUUACCUGUAGGGACGCGUCACCUCUGAGCCAAGAUGCUAGAUCCGUCGUCCAGCGAGGAGGAAUCUGAUGGGAUAGUGGAGGAGGAAAGCAAAGAGGCGAUGGCACCCCAGGCCGGAUCCCGCAUCUCUCCGAGCAGGACCAGCGAGAGCUCGGGGGGACUGGCGCCCAGCAGCAGCCGCAGCAGUGCCCGUCCGACCAGCCCGAGCCCGUCAGCCGCCAGCGAGGAGAAGGAAGAUCUGGAGAAGCUGCAGAGGGAGGAAGAGGAGCGUAAAAAGAAGCUGCAGUUGUAUGUUUUUGUGAUGCGAUGCAUCGCUUACCCAUUCAAUGCAAAGCAGCCCACAGACAUGGCAAGGCGACAGCAGAAGAUAACCAAGCAGCAGCUUCAGCAGACCAAGGAUCGUUUCCAGGCCUUCCUCAACGGAGACACACAAAUUGUGGCUGAUGAGGCGUUCAUCAAUGCUGUGCAGAGCUACCACGAGGUGUUCCUAAAGAGUGACCGUGUGGCUAAAAUGGUCCAGAGCGGCGGCUUCUCGGCCAAUGAUUUCAGGGAAGUGUUCAAGAGGCACAUCGAGAAGCGCGUGCGCAGCCUCCCGGAGAUUGACGGUCUGAGCAAGGAGACAGUGCUCAGCUCCUGGAUGGCCAAGUUCGACACCAUCUACCGCGGUGACGAGGAUCCACGCAAGGCGCAGCAACGCAUGACUGCCAGCGCAGCCUCUGAGCUGAUCCUCAGCAAAGACCAGCUGUACGAGAUGUUCCAAAAUAUCCUCGGCAUCAAAAAGUUUGAGCACCAGCUGCUUUACCAAGCCUGUCAGCUGGACAACCUGGAUGAGCAGGCUGCGCAGAUCAGAAGAGAGCUGGAUGGUCGUCUUCAGAUGGCGGACCAGAUUGCCAGGGGUGGCAAGUUCCCCAAAUUUGUGUCUAAAGAGAUGGAGGCCAUGUACAUCGAAGAGCUCAAGUCUUCAGUGAAUCAGCUGAUGGCCAAUCUGGAGAGCAUGCCCGUGUCCAAGGGUGGGGAGUUUAAACUCCAGAAGCUGAAACGCGGACACAAUACCUCCAUCAUCGACAUGGGCCAGGAGGACGAGAACACGCUGUCCAAGUCUGAUGUGGUUCUGUCCUUCACUUUGGAGGUGGUGAUCAUGGAAGUGCAGGGGCUGAAGUCUCUGGCUCCGAACAGGAUUGUCUACUGCACCAUGGAGGUGGAAGGAGGCGAGAAACUCCAGACCGACCAAGCAGAAGCAUCCAAGCCAACCUGGGGGACCCAAGGGGACUUCACCACCACACACCCUCUGCCUGCUGUCAAGGUGAAACUGUUUACAGAGAGCACAGGGGUGCUGGCACUGGAGGACAAAGAACUGGGCAGGGUUGUCCUCCACCCGACUCCUAACAGCCCCAAGCAGUCAGAGCUCCAUAAGAUGACUGUGACCAAGGCUUGCCCUGACCAAGAUCUCAAGAUCAAACUGGCCAUACGUAUGGACAAACCACAGAACAUGAAACACUGCGGGUAUCUGUGGGCUUUUGGGAAGAAUGUGUGGAAGCGCUGGAAGAAGCGUUUCUUUGUCCUUGUGCAGGUGAGUCAGUAUACAUUCGCCAUGUGCAGCUACAGAGAGAAAAAGUCAGAGCCACAGGAGCUUCUCCAGCUGGACGGGUACACUGUGGACUACAGUGACCCUCAGCCAGGUUUGGAUGGCGGCCGGGCUUUCUUCAAUGCAGUGAAGGAAGGUGACACUGUGAUCUUUGCCAGUGAUGAUGAGCAGGACCGCAUCCUGUGGGUCCAGGCCAUGUAUCGCGCCACUGGCCAGUCCCACAAGCCCGUCCCGCCCACUCAGGUCCAGAAACUCAACUCCAAAGGGGGUGCCUCAGCCCAAAUGGAUGCUCCCAUUUCUCAGUUCUACGCUGACAGAGCUCAGAAACAUGGCAUGGAUGAGUUUAUCUCCGCUAACCCCUGUAGCUUUGACCACGCCUCGCUUUUUGAGAUGGUGCAGCGGCUCACGUUGGACCACAGGCUCAAUGACACCUUCUGCUGCUUGGGAUGGUUCAGCCCAGGCCAGGUGUUUGUCUUGGAUGAGUACUGUGCCAGGAACGGGGUUCGAGGUUGUCACAGACAUCUGUGUUACCUGCGUGAUCUGCUGGAAAGAGCAGAAAGUGGGGCCAUCAUUGACCCCACUCUCCUUCACUAUAGCUUCGCUUUUUGUGCCUCCCAUGUCCAUGGAAACAGGCCAGACGGGCUGAGCACAGUGAAAGUGGAUGAGAAGGAACGCUUUGAAGACAUCAAGGAGCGGUUGCGUGUGAUAUUGGAAAACCAGAUUGUAAAUUUCAGAUAUUGUUUCCCCUUCGGUCGUCCAGAGGGUGCACUGAAGGCUACUUUAUCUUUGCUGGAGAGGGUCCUGAUGAAGGACAUUGUGACCCCAGUUCCACCAGAAGAAGUUAAAGGAGUUAUCCGCAAAUGUUUGGAGCAGGCCGCUCAGCUCAACUACCAGCGGAUUAAGGAAUAUGCUAAAGUUGAAGGGAAAAAGAGGGAAAUGUAUGAGCACCCUGUCUUCUGCUUGGCGUCUCAAGUGAUGGAUUUAACCAUCCAGAACGUAGGCCGCUUAGUCACGCCUGCCAAAAAGCUGGAGGAAACAAUUCGCCUGGCGGAGUUAGUCAUAGAGGUCCUCCAGCAGAACCAGGAACACCAUGCGGAGGCGGCAGUCACAAGUUCUGGAGAUCAAUCGGCGUUUGCGUGGUGGACAGACCUCAUGGUGGAGCAUGCAGAAAACUUCCUGGCCCUCUAUGCCAUCGACAUGGAUGCCGCUCUGGAGAUCCAAUCCCCCGAGAGCUGGGACAGCUUCCCUCUCUUCCAGCUGCUCAACGACUUCCUCCGGACAGACUAUCAUCUGUGCAAUGGAAAGUUCCACAAACACCUUCAGGAUCUGUAUGCUCCUCUGGUGGUUAGAUAUGUGGAUCUGAUGGAGUCCUCCAUCGCACAGUCAAUUCACAAGGGCUUUGAGCGAGAGUCCUGGGAGCCUGUAAAGAGUUUAACAAGUAAUCUGCCCAAUGUGAAUCUACCAAAUGUGAACCUCCAAAUUCCCAAAGUACCAAAUCUGCCAGUGCCAGUAGCAGGACUAUCAGUUAACCUUCCACAAAUGCCUAGCUUUUCUACCCCGUCAUGGAUGGCUGCUAUAUAUGACUCUGAUAACGGCUCUGGAACGUCAGAGGAUCUCUUCUGGAAGCUGGAUGCCCUCCAGACAUUCAUCAGGGACCUGCACUGGCCCGAGGAGGAGUUCGCCAAACACCUCGAGAGUCGCAUCAAGCUCAUGUCGAGCAACAUGAUCGAGAACUGCGUCAAGCGCACCAGGAUGGCAUUUGAGUCCAAGCUGGCAAAGAGCAGCAAGUCCACAGAUUUCCGCAUUUCUCCGACAUUAUGCACAAUGUUCAAUGUGAUGGUAGAUGCCAAGGACCAAUCAGCUAAAUUGUGCGCAAUGGAGAUGGGCCAAGAGAAACAGUUCCAUUCCCAAAUAGAUGAUCUGAUUGAGGAAAGUGUGAGGGACAUGAUCCAGCUCCUGGUUGCAAAGUUUGUUGCCAUUCUGGAGGGUGUGUUGGCUAAGAUUUCCAGAUAUGAUGAAGGCACUCUCUUCUCCUCAUUCCUCUCUUUCACGGUGAAAGCUGCCUCAAAAUAUGUGGAUGUACCUAAACCUGGCAUGGACGUGGCCGAUGGCUAUGUGACCUUUGUGCGCCACUCUCAGGAUAUGCUUCGUGAUAAGGUCAAUGAGGAGGUGUAUAUAGAAAGGUUAUUUGAUCAAUGGUACACUGCCACCAUGAACUUGCUGGGGACCUGGCUCACUGAACGCAUGGAUCAGCAGCUCCACGUCUACCAGCUCAAGAUCCUCAUCAGGAUUACAAAGAAAAAGUACCGGGACUUUCGCCUGCAGGGCGUCCUCGACUCCACCCUGAACAGUAAGAUGUACGACACAGUGCGCAACAGGCUGACCGUGGAGGAGGCCACUGCCUCGGUGAGGGAAGGAGGCAUGCAGGGCAUCUCCAUGAAGGACAGCGAUGAGGAGGAUGAAGAGGACGACUAGAGCCCGUGCACUGACACUCCAGCCCCUCCCACCCUGAACCUCCUCACCCCGAACCUCUUCCCCUCCCUUUCACACUUUUGACUUUAGCCUGGUUACCGAUGCAUGUACCAACUCAGAUAGCCACUCUAGGACCUCUUUGUCAGCUCGAAAAUGCCUAUGAAGGAACUAUUAACUAUAAAAAUAGUACUUAUACUGAGGAAAAUCAAAAUAAAAAUGUUAAAAAAUAACCAUGAUUGGCAGUUUAGCUGUGUCAUGAUAAAGAUAGCACCUAUCUUUGUUUCAUUCAUUUCUAAAUUCAUUUCUAUGUGUUACUAAGCAAUAUGGAGAACCAUUUGUUUGACAAUGUUGAGUGAGAUUAAUAGGUGUGUCCCUGUCCAAUGCAAACCUAUAUGGCGCUUCUUUGUCGUAUUCUACAUUCAUUAAUGGUACAUUGUCGUGAUGAUGAGUGUGUGGACCCUUUUCUUUGUCUUGUCUGUUUUUAAGUGAAUGCCAACUGCUUCAAACUGAAAAAUAAACCUCUGUAUUUGUUUACGGCUGUUAACAGAUAAACUGUUGUCUACUCACUGUUAUUAACAUCGACAGUAAGUCUAGACUUGCAUUUAUAUCAUGUGUCAAUGCUAUGUGAUCUCAUCUCAAUGACUAAUUAGACAUGGUUCAACAGGAAUCUUGAACUUCAACAAGUGGGUAUUCUAGAGAUGCAAUAUUCUCAUAGCUCCAUUUUGAUAACUUGGGAGAUUCUAUUUUUAUUUCAACAUUAAAAGGCCUUGAAACAGGUUCUAUUUUAAUUGAGUUGCACUUUUACAGAGAAAAGAGCAAAAAUAAUUUUUUUUAUUGAAAAAAAGUUGGUCUGUCUUUGUUCUGUAAUUGUGUAGAAUGAGAUGUCUGGCAUUUGUUUGGGUCUCACUGUUGUUUUGUAUAUAUUAUAUAAAUAUAUAUAUAAAUAUAAAAUGCUGUACAUUGCAUUCUGAGCCAUCGCUGCAUGCCUGUGGGUUCCCACCCUCCCCAAACGCUUUCUGUUUUCUGUGUGAAUUAGCUGGUGGAUUCAUUCUUGCUUUUGCCUUAUGAAAGCCAACAGUUGUAAUAUGCAAGAGCUGUGGCCUCUAAAUAAAAUUAUUGUACAUGUGCA